CGGGCGGAUAUCCGGACCGUGACAAUGAAGGGGUAAAGGCAUUUUCCGUGAAAUCCGGCCCAAACUAGUAACGCUCAUUUUGCGCGUUUGCAGCAAGCGCCAAAACGUCGUGUACACAUCACGACCACCGAAAAAAUCACAGCUCCGGAGACGUCGCCAGUGACCAUGAUGGCAAGGGAUGUAGAGAAGAUGGUGGCGGUAGGCCUAGUCUGGGGCGCCACCAACGCCUUGAUGCGCCGUGGUGCGCUUCUAUGGGACCAAAGAUCCCACAAAUUGUCUUCCUCUUCACUGAACCCACCAAAGCUCCACCAAAGGCUUCUCUCUUCCGUUAAUGACUCGCUCAGUGUUCUCUUAUUUUGGCAGUACUCUGUCCCCUUCUUGCUCAAUCUCUCAGCAUCUGCUACUUUCUUCGCUCUAUUAAGCGAUUCACCGAUAUCACUGGCUGUUCCCGUUACCAACGCGACUACUUUUGCUGCUACAGCUUUGUUCGGGAUGCUUUUAGGGGAGGAGACCCGAAUUGGGUUCGCUUUGAUGGGUACGGGUUUUAUUGUGGUUGGUGUUUGGCUUUGCCUUACGUGAUUGUAUGAAAUGCUUCAUCUUCGCUUCAAUUUAGCACUUAAUUAGGUUUUGAAAUCAAUCUUGUUAUUUAUGUGCCUCUGUUUGGUUGAAUUUUGUUGCCUUUGGCCUAAUUAAGAUGGUAAAAGGGAUUUCUUGUUUGCUUCUGCUACUUAAUGCUUGUUAAAAUGAGAGCUUUGAAGAAACUGUGUUCUUGCUUAUUGAGCAAUUGGAUUGCAAGAAUAAUUUGAUGUCUAUAAUUUAUGCUAUUAACUAGUUUAUCAUAUGGAGUAA